UUCCAGCCAUUAAAACGAGCCUGUCCUCCUAUAGCUCAUCACACCAGCCUCCUCUGUGAUACAUGGUGUCAGAAGUUGGAUGUCUAUUUAUUAUCUCCACAAAUUGUAUUCGACAGUGAUUACACAGAUGGUAUGACUGCAGAGAACAGUAGAUGUUUUCUAUGGAACUCACCCAGUUCCUCCACCGUGUAUUCUAUGUUGACAUAAUCAAGAUGUAUAUGUUCACGAUCAUUGUAAAUAAGAAUUUGUUCUUAACUGACUUGCCUAGUUAAAUAAAGGUUACAUUUAAAUGAAAUUAAAAUGUAAAAAAUAUGAAUAUCCUACAAACAACCACUAGAUAGAGACACUCUAUUUGACAUGAUAACCGCAAAGCCACAUCAUUUACAAGCCCACUUCUUAACCCCUUCUCAGUUUGAGCUUUAAUCAUAAUACUCAUUUAUCAGAAAAGGAAACUGAUUUAAGGUGAUCUCAACCAUCUGCUGGUGUAAGUGAAGACAGAACAACAGGCUCUGAUUAGAAGGCAGAUGUUUAAAAUUAAACCUGAAACUCUCAGAUGUUGGCAGAGGUAUCUCGCAUGGUUUCCUCUGAACAAAAAAACACCAAGAGGUGUGUGUGUGUGAGUCACAGUAGCAAAAAAUGGACACUCCCUUUCACAUUGUAAAUCUGGCUGUGUUGUGGUGGUUGUUUCUGUUGUACUGUACCUGUCACUGAGCUACCGAACAAACCCACGUACAAACACCUGUGUUGUUCCUCAGGUUUGGAUGAAAAGAAAAUGAACAUGUCCCUUUGCUGUUAACUGUUCAUUUAGAGUUUACGUCACCUGCCAAUUGUCAGUGUGAGCAUCAUGGACUCUGUCGUGUGUACAGUAUGUGCUCACACUCAUACUGGAUUAAGGAUGGGAUUACAGGAUUAGAAUGUUCCACUCACAGUACAGAGCCUGUAAAUAGAUCUAACAGACACAGUCAGCUCACUUCGCUUGUAUUGAGGAUAUAUCUGCUAUUGAUCAUUGGAUAAGGAUGUAUUUCCCUACUAAGGUCUGUCCUUAGGUUUUUUCAUCCAGGUCAAAGCCAUGGCGGCGGAUAUUGUUUCUCACAGCCUGAACCUCCUGGAGACUCUCAAAGAGUCUAUUGAGAACAACAAGCUGUCGGACGUCAAGGAUGCUGUGGAGGACCUCCUGAUCAGCCGGAUCAACCUGGCCGUGGCAGGAGAGCGGGGGCCAGAGAAGUCUGCAUUCAUCAACGCCCUCCGUGGCCUGGGGCCUGAGGAUGAAGGAGCCGCCCUAUCCCCCUGCCCCACUUCUCCAGAGGAGAUGGCCAUCUAUCCCAACCCCAAGCACCCUGACUUCAGGCUCUGGGACUUGCCACCCACCCCCGCAGCCUCACCCUUUGACCUGGAAGGGUACAUGGAGCGGGUGAAGAUCCUGCGGUACAACGUGGUGGUCAUGGCGUUCACACAGAGUCUCCAGGCCAACAGCGUGGCGGUGUUCCUGGAAGCCCGCUCUGUGCAGAGGGACACUGUGUACUUCGCCUUGCUGGCCUCAGAGAAGGACACAGAAAAGGGUCUGGAGGAGAGACGGAAGGCCAGCCUGGAGUUGUUGAAGGCCCAGGGGGUGGCCCUGCCUAAGGUGUUCCUAGUGAGGCCCUCCUGUCUGGAGAAACUUGACUUCCCAGGACUCCUGGAGGAGAUGGAGAGGGACCUACCAGAGAUCCGGGCCCACGCUCUCCUCCUGGCCCUGCCCACUCUCUCCCCAGUCCUGGUCACCCAGAAGAGGGACGCCUUCAAGGCCUUGGUCUGGGCUGCCGCGUCACUCUCUGGUGGGGUGUCGACCAUCCCUGUGCCCCUGGUGGCCUCCAUGGUGGACGCCAGAGUGGGUGUGAGGAUCCUCACCAAGGCCAGGGCCUCGCUCUGUCUGGACGACGAGUCUGUUGAGCGGUUGGCACGGCAACGCGGCAUGGAGCCGGCACGGCUCAAAGCCCUGCGGACGUGUAACCUGUCGGUUGAAGUCACUAAGGGGGAGGUAAAGCUUCGGCUGGCAGCGGCAGAGAAGGAGUUGACCACCAACACAACCCGGCUGGUGGAGAUGGCCAUGCCCAGGCACGCCCGCUCAGCCGGUCGUUCCUUCACUGUCAUGCUGCAGGCUCUCAAUGGGGCCAUCGAUGAGAUGGUGGUUGACACAGAGAAGAUACUGGCUGCUGCUGGUAUAGGAGAGGGGAAAUGAAGGAGGUCAAGAGGAGGGCUGGAAAUAGUGCAAUGAAAAAUGUUUUAAAACAUUUGCAAUGGAAAUGCAAAUGUGCAUUGUGUAGGACUUUCCUGCAGUCAAAUUAUCUAGUUGCUUCA